UUAAAAUCCAAUGCAAUCGUUUAUUAAAUACUCACAAAAUGACACCUUUACUCAUCACAGCUGUUAUAUUUAUAGUAUUUAUUGUGAUUUAUCUAAAGAGAAAAGAUCCCGAGCCGAUAUUCGGCGUGUAUACUGUAGCAGGAAAGUGGUACUAUUUGAAAUAUGUCGCCUUUUCCUGUAUUUAUUAUUAUAGACGGUACUCGAAUAAGAGCAAAGCGGUUGGUGCUGAUGGUGGAGCGGGUCAAGGUGUGAAGGCUAUCUCAGACCCGAAAGAAAUGGACAAGGCUCAGCCCCUGAGUGACCACGCUAAGGCUUUCGAUGCGGUAUUUUUCAUAUCCGCAAAAAAGGACGAACAUGACAAGGGAAUAUAUGUAAUCGCUGGUUGUGAGAGACGGCCUUUGGGAAUGUGCAAUGGACUUUUCUACAUUGGGUUGCCAGGAAAAGGACUUUUGUGCAGUAAAAAGAUUCCGGACACGGUCCUCUUCGGUGCUCAAAUCGGUGAAUUUGGAGCUGAAGGGGUUCUUAUUACCCCCGCGGAACCGAUGAAGAAAUGGACCGUCUCUUAUAAAGGACCUAUGUGGUAUCAAAAUGAGCCCAGCAAAAUAGUAGAAGUAGAAUUCAAUGGUGAAUGGACAGCGACGAGCAACUACUUUGAUUACGACACCGAUUUACACCCUCCAGCUGUAAUCCGAUCAAUUGCAAGAGAAAAGUGGAGUCGAAAAUACUUUAAUAACCUGAAAACAGCUCACCAAUCUCACUAUGAACAGUUCGGCGUAAUGAAGUGUAAAUUUACUAUUGAAAAGGAAUCCUUUGAAUUCACCUUACCCUCGUUCAGGGAUCACAGCUUUGGGCAAAAGCGGGACUGGACGCUUAUGCACAGAUACGCCUUCCAUCAUAUUUUCUUAAACGACGGCACCAACAUCAGCGUUGGAGUCAUCUGUCAGCCUUCCACCGCGACACGCAUGGAGGUCGGCUACGUUGUUCUUCCGAGCGGUGAGACUUUGUCUGUCGAGUGGGUGGAGAUGCAGUUGUACCAACACGGGGAGGGCGGCGCCGCGCCUAAAGACUACGCGUUCAGGAUAAAGGCUGGAGAUGUUGUUUACAUUGUUCAGGUGUUGGUGGAAUACGAGUCUAUACACUUUGUGUCUCAAGAUUGGGACGCCCGAAUGGUGGAGCGCUUCUGCAAGUUUGUGGUGAACGGCGUCCCGGGGCGAGGGGUGUCUGAGUUCCAUUACAGACACCACGGAGGACGGCCAGAUGAGGUCGCGCAGAAUGACCCCGAGUGGUACAGGAAGAUGUGCCAUAAGAUAUAGAUCGGGGUCACGAUGUGUCUGUUAUUAUAUCUGUAGGUUGUGGUGACAUCAAGUUAUUGUAUUUUUAAGAACGAACGUUACUGAUACAAGCUUUUUGUAAUAAAUUGCUUUGUGUCAGAAUUUGGUCACUUUAGCAAUUUAUUUUAUAUACUAAAAUGAAACGUAGCUGACAAUGCAAUGUAAGGUUUGACAUUUUUAUAAAUUUUAUAUUGAAUAUAAUAAUUAAAAAAAAAUUGUUAAUAAAUUAUUCA